GCAUGGCUACUGAGCUUGAGAAUGAGAGGGACGGUAGAAAGCGAAAGAUUAGCGCUGGGUCUCCUCCACCUGCAGAAGAAGAGGUAAUUGGACCUAUGCCAGUGGCUCCUGAGAAUGCAGCCAAGAAGAGGAAGAAAGUUCUCCCCUAUGAGAAGAUGUACCUUGACAACCUGCCGUGUGCUGAGAUGUACCAAACCAGCUACAUGCAUCGCGACGUCAUCACACACCUCAUCUCCACCAAGACUGACUUCCUGGUGACAGGCAGUCAGGAUGGCCACGUUAAGUUCUGGAAGAAGCAAGAGGAGGGGAUAGAGUUUGUCAAACAUUUCAGAGCUCACCUUGGCAGGAUCAACGGCAUGUCAGUGAGUGCGGACGGACUGCUCCUCUGUACUACGUCUGAUGACAAGGCUCUCAAGAUAUUCGAUGUUAUCAACUUUGAUAUGAUCAACAUGUUUCGACUGAAGUUUGUGCCCACCCACUGUGUCUGGUUGUUCACUGGGGGAGCUGCUACACCUGCAGUGGCAUGUUGUGAGCAGGAUCGUCCGGUGAUCCAUGUGUACGAUGGGCGGGGUGAAAACAAGGAAAUAGCCAUUUUGGAUAACCUCCACUCCUCACCUAUCACUUUCAUGGAGUAUGACAGUCAACAUGACAUUGUCGUGUCAGGGGACCAAUCGGGUAUGGUUGAGUACUGGAGUGGCCCUGCACAGGAGUAUGGCUUCCCCAGAGCCGCCAAGUUCCAACACAAGAUAGACACUGACCUCUACGAGUUUGCCAAGCACAAGACCACUCCCCUGUCGCUCACAUUUUCACCUAAUGGUCGACUGUUUGCGGUGAUAUCACGUGAUCGAAAGGUGAGAGUCUUCCACACACUCACGGGGAAGCUGCACAGAGUAUUUGAUGAGGCUCUGGACAUAUUCACGGAACAACAACAGAAAACACCACAGCUGCCCAAUAUGGAGUUUGGUCGUCGCCUGGCUACAGAGAGAGAGCUAGACAAAUCACCAGCUUUCUCUCUCUCCAAUACAAUGUUUGAUGAGACUGGCAACUUCCUGAUGUUCGCCAGCAUGGUAGGGAUCAAAGUGAUCAACUUGGUCACCAACAAGUGUGUCAGGAUGAUUGGAAAGGAGGAGAAUGUUCGGUUUCUCCAGUUGGCGGUUCAUCAAGGGCAAGUGGGCAAGAAGGUCACAGCUAACAUGGAAAUGGAGGUGUCGGAAAACCCUGGUCUCUGUAAGGACACGUCUGACCCCACCCUCUUCUGUACGGCCUACAAAAAGAACAGGUUCUACCUCUUCACCAGAAAGGAGCCGGCUGAUGUCAAGAGUGGUGAGAGUGACAGAGAUGUGUUCAAUGAGAAACCCUCCAAAGAAGAGCAGAUGGCCGCCACUCAGGGAGGAGGGUCCAGAGUGAGCAAUCUGGCUACACUGCACACCACACUAGGGGACAUUCAAAUCAAGCUCUUCCCUGAAUAUUGUCCUAAGACAGUAGAGAACUUCUGCGUCCACAGCGGCAACGGCUACUACAAUGGCCACAUCUUUCACAGAGUCAUCAAGCAGUUUAUGAUUCAGACAGGGGACCCCACAGGUACAGGGACGGGUGGAGAGUCAAUAUGGGGUGACGAGUUUGAGGAUGAGCUCCACCCCACACUGAAACAUGACCGACCUUACACUGUUUCUAUGGCAAACGCUGGCCCCAACACCAACGGCUCCCAAUUUUUCAUCAUUGUUGUACCCACUCCAUGGCUGGACAACAAACACACCGUUUUCGGCCGGGUUAUCAAGGGGAUGAACGUGUGCCAGGAAAUCAGUGAGGUGAAGGUACACCCAAAAACUGACAAACCCUAUGAAGAUGUCAAAAUUAUGAACGUGACUUUGAAAUGACAGUAUACAGUUAUACAUGUAUAAGUAUCAUUUCUAUAACAAGCUCAGUAUAUACAUGUACACAAUGUCAUUUUCUACGAUGAUACAAUAAUUAUAAUUACGUCUA